UGGAGUUUUGUUUUGCUGGUGGAUGUCAGAUUUCCUUGGAGAAAUAACCGCAGCUGCAUGUUAUUAAACGGAACGUCGGCUAUAACCGAAUCGUUUUCUUGAAAGGAGGACGAAACUGCGUCAUCACAUACGUCUUUGCGAUGACAUAAUUGUAGUAGUUAUUUUUUAAAUAAUGAGUGUUAGCCUAAGACAGCUUGCUAAUGCUAACGUCAGCCAGCUAGCAGGCUAACAAAGCAGGCUUUUAUAAUGAGACACCGUUAGCCCGUAUGCACAUCUGUAAACUGCUUCCAGCUGUUCAGGGAAUUGAGACCCGUGGAGGUUUGAUGUUUUGGACUGUCACCGUCCCCCCCGGCAUCUCCUCUAGAAAGCCAUGCCAUGAUGGUGCUCCGGCGGUUAUUGAGAAAGCGCUGGGUGCUGGGAGUAGUCUUUGGACUGUCUCUUAUCUACUUUCUCACCAGCACACUCAAACAGGAAGAGCGGACCAUAAGGGACCGCACGCUUUUGGAGGUCAGAGAUUCAGACCAUCGCAUCCCCUGGAAAGUCCGUUUUAACCUUGGCAACAGCAGCCGACAGAUCACUCAGUGUAGAAACUCCAUCCAGGGCAAGACACUGAUCACAGACGAACUCGGUUAUGUCUGUGAGAGAAAAGACUUGCUGGUUAAUGGUUGCUGUAACGUCAAUGCUCCCAGCGCCAGACAGUACAUUUGUAAAAGCUGCCUGGCCAACGGCUGCUGUAGCAUCUAUGAGUAUUGCGUGUCUUGCUGCCUCCAGCCUGAUAAGCAACCUCUCCUUGAGCGCUUCCUGAAUCGCGCAGCCGAAGGCUUUCAGAAUCUCUUCACCGCUGUGGAGGAUCAUUUUGAACUGUGCCUGGCCAAGUGUAGGACCUCUUCACAAAGUGUUCAACAUGAGAACACCUACCGAAACCCUCAAGCAAAGUACUGCUACGGGGAGAGUCCUCCAGAGCUCCUACCUGUAUAAGCAUUUGACUUUCGUCCCCGGUUUAGGAAGUACCAGAACAGCAGCAGGCCAAUAAAGGCUCCCUGUUCAGACACCUAAUCGUGCUUGGAGAAGAGACUUUGCAAAUGAACUGUUGUCUUGGACAUGUUUGCAUUAUAGUGGCAAAGAGAUGGAGACAUUCAAGACACCAGACCAACCUCAGAAUGGACAAAUGCUGUAUAUGAUUUGAUUAUUUACACUUCAUAAGUGCAUUAGAACAUUUCAUACAUUCAUCCAUGAUGAUCAUCAGGUCCACAUAGCAGGCAGCUCAUCCAUCAGGAUUCAUUUCAAACCAGUUCAUACCAUAAAAUAGGCUUCAUUUUAAACCUGAUUUAAGAAGGUAACAGCUGUUUUAUGUUUUGUUGAAUAUUUUAAAACAGCAAAGAAUGUGUCAUAACUUUUGUGUUAGUGCAUGCAUAUGAAAUGGCUAUUUAAUAAAAGUGACUGUGAAAUGAAA